CAAUAGACCCUAUCACUGCUGUAAAUAAUUUUUUAUUAAAUAAUCCAAAUGAAAUAAUUGAUCAAGAAUUAAGUUUGGAAGCAAGAGAAAAAUUAAUAAAAGAAAUUUUGGAACAACAAGAAGGAUUAAAAGCUCUAAUUCAGAGAGUAGAAUCAGUGAAAGGCGAUCAUGACCAAAAACAAUCAGGAAAUCAAAUAUUACAGACAUAUAUCAAUAAUCUUAUGUCUUCUAGUGUAUUGUCUUCUGUAAAUGGAAAGAAAGAUAUUUAA